AUCAUUUCAAGUCACUGAAUAAAAGAAAUAAAUUGUAACAUUUCUAAAUAUCUUUUUUAAAAAAGUAUUAAGGAUUAUUUUUGAAAAUGUGUGUUCAAUUUUUUUUUUAAAAAUACCAAGUUGUCACAGUUCAUAGCUAUAAUAAGUUGUUUCUCAUUUUUUGUCCUGGAGGGAAUGUAGUUUUUACUUAAUCAGAUACUGCUUCUUCAAACUGAGCUAUCACUUUCCUUCUGAUUAUUGGAGGAGGGGAGUUAUUAUUUUGUUCUGCUAAUGUCUAAUUUCUUUUGAUUAAAAAUAUUUUACAGUGAGAUUAUCAUGUAUAAUAUCACCUGGUGAAUAUUACGGCAAGAUUUAUGUUUUAUGUUGGCUUUAUCAUAAAUGAAACAUGGAGAAUCAAACUAUAGUAUGUUACUUUCUGCUCCUGGAAUUUUCAAAAAAUCAGCAUCUGCAGCUUUUGCAUUUCUUCUUCUUCUGUGUGUUAUAUCUGGCAACUGUAACAACAAAUCUUCUUAUCAUUUUUGCAGUUGCUUUUGACCAUCGACUGCACAGCCCCAUGUACUUCUUUCUCAUGAAUUUGGCUCUGCAAGACCUGGGCAUUGUUUCUGUCAUUGUCCCCAAAUCCAUGAUCAAUUCUCUCAUGAACAACAGAUGCAUCUCUUAUGUUGGCUGUGUUGCUCAAGUCUUCCUCUUUGUUUCUUUUGCAGCUUCUGAUUUCUUCCUUCUCACAGUCAUGGCAUAUGAUCGGUAUGUUGCCAUUUGCCAUCCAUUACAUUAUCACAUAAUGAUGAAUUGGAAAGCCAGCACUGAAAUAAUGAUAUUUGUAUGGGUUUCAGGUUUUCUCUGUGGAAUCUUGCACACAACUGGUACUUUUUCAGUUCUGUUUUGUACUAAUGUGAUCAACCAAUUCUUUUGUGAAGUUCCACAAUUGCUAAAACUAUCCUGCUAUGGCUUCAAUCAAUUUGAAAUUGGAGUUCUCGUGGCCAUUAUCUUAGUUGGACUAGGUUGUUUUAUUUUUAUUAUUGUAUCUUAUGCUAUGAUUUUCAAGGCAGUGUUAAUAAUUCCUUCUGAACAAGGAAGGCAGAAAGCUUUAUCCACUUGUAUUCCACAUCUUAUUGUAGUGUCUAUGUUGUUAUUAAGUGGAUGCUUUGCCUAUAUCAGAACUCCUUCUAACACCCCUUCUUACUUAGAUUUUGGGUUGACUGUAUUGUAUUCGCUUCUUCCACCUCUGUUCAAUCCAAUCAUCUAUAGUAUGAGAAAUAAGAAUAUAAAAUUUGUCCUUUCUAAACUCUGGAGUUUCUGAUUUUUUUUAAAAAUGUUGUUUCUAUUCCUUUCACCACAGUUUUGCAUUUUCCUAAUUUUUCCUUUACUUCUCUAAAUAGAGGAACGAGCUAGAAAAGGAGACAUAGUUGGGAUGUAUUCAAGUCCAGUAUUCCAAUCCAAAACAAUUUUAGAACUUGAGAAUUUGUUCAGCAAACUUUCUGCAUUCCUAAUUACUAUUAAUGCAUUUUACAGAUGCUAUAUGUCAGGCAUGUCAAACUCGUGAUGUCAUGUGACGUCGUAUGAUGUAUUGAGCUUUUUCUCCAUUGCGGGCAAUGGGGUGGAUGUAGUUUUGGGAUGACAUGUCUGGUCCGUGGGCCGGCAGUUUGAUACCCCUGCUAUAUGUGGAUUUAGGACAGCUCUAGCAUGCCACAGAUUUGGGUUCAGAUUAAGUGAGCAUGAGAGUGUAAUCUUAUUGUGGAAGAUAUUGGCAAGUAAGUUUAAAUGAGGUGGCCUAUUUUUUCCUGUUCUUUGUUGUCAUAAAUGAAACAUUGAGAAUCAAACCACAGUGCCUUAUUUUCUGCAUUUGGAAUUCUCGAAAAAUUGGCAUAUGCAGUUUUUGCAUUUCUUCUCCUCCUUUCUUGUGUUAUAUGUGGCAACUGUAGCAACAAAUCUUCUCACCAUCUCUGCAGUAGCUUUUGACUAUCAACUGUACAGUCCCAUGUACUUCUUUCUCAUGUGACCUCGCAGACUUGGGCACUGUUUUCAGUCAUUGUCCAUGAUAAAUUCUCUCAUGGACAACAGAUGCAUCUCUUACAUUGGUUGUAUUGCUCUAUUCUUUCUUUCUCUCCUUUGAAGGUUUUGAUUUAUCCUUCCUGACAGUCAUGCAUAUGAUCCUGUUGUGAGUUUCAGGUUUUCUCUGUGGAAUUUUACAUACAACUUGCAGUUUUUCAGUCUUGUUUUGUUCUAAUGUUAUCAACCAAUUAUUCUGUGAAAUUCCACGAUUGCUAAAGCCAUCUUGCUAUGACUUCAAUCCACUUGAGGCUGGAGUUGUGGUGGCCUCUAUCUUGGCUGGACUAGAUUAUUUUACUUUUAUUAUUGUAUCUUAUGCCAUGAUUUUAAAGGCAGUAUUAAGAAUCCCUUCUGAACAAUAUUUGACCUUUUUGACAUUUGCAAUUCUAUUUUUUCUGAUAAUUGCUUUUUUGGUUUAUCUGUAAUUUUUUUAACUAUCACUUUAGUUUUUUUCUCUAUUUAUCUUUAAUCCUCCUAUCUCUCCAAAUUGUUCUAUUUUUUCCAACAGUGUAGGAAUCGUCUCUAAAGGUUCCUCUAAAAUGAAUACCAAAUCAUCUGCAAAUUCUUGCAGUUUGUAGGUUUCACCUUUUAUUUUCAAUCCUUUAAUUUCUGGAUCUUGU